AUGAAGCUUAUAAGCGUCUUAGGUAGUCGUUUGUCACCUCGUGCAUACUACGUAUUACGCAACUCAGCCCGAUCAACAGUCACGCCGAUAUUAAACUAUGCUCCACACACCCCGCGAUACAGCACCGGUGCCGCUCUACCCCUACCGCCAGCCCGCCUACAGUGUCUGAGUGGUGUGUUCACUUUGGUACAAGCCGCCUGUGUGAAUGCCAUCGCCGCAUAUCACGAACGCGCCCAAACAAGAGCGGACAAAGAACACACACCGUCGAAAGGCCAUACCCAGGGAACUGAGGAACCGGCCGACGAAGAAGACGAUGUGAACACGUGCCAACCACAGCACGUACUUGGUUUUCUGAGUCCACUUUUACAGCUGUUCAACACGAUCACAGAGAGAUUCCGCCUAGGCCCUUCCGCAAUCCGCUAUGUGGAUCUGAACUUCUACGGCACGCUAGCCCACACCACCGCGUCGCUGUACCAUCUCUAUGUGCUCACGCACACCCCCACUCCCCGCCCAGCGUCUCCACACACCUCUCCUGACGCUAACAUACACACCAUGAACGGCGCACAUGCGUCUACGGCAAACAGUAGGUCCCAGCACGCGGAUUCACACACGACUUUGUCGUCGUCCACCCACCAUCUGCUCAGUCGAGUGCUGAUGGGCCAGUAUGCGGCCGCGGUGUUGGCGGCGCUGUCUAUGCCACUCACGCGCGCGCUGCUGUGUGACGACAUGCACGUGCAUGCACACACGCGCAGCGCAGAUGGGGCACGCAAACACACACACAGCGAGAGCGAUCUGAGUAGUACUGCCAGUGCGAAGCCUACAGACACACGGCCAGCCCAGGAACGGUCCUCAGCCACCACACCCACCACGACAGCGACGGACACGGGUGCAGACAAUGGGACCGUACAGCCGACGUAUGAGGAUGUGGUUGCUGAGCAUUCAGCGCGACGAAAGCAGCGUGACACCGCGCACGUGCACGACGCGGCACAGGCGGUGCGGUGGAAUUACUUGGGCGCGCUGCUGCGCUGCGGCGAGUCGCUGGUCAGAGUGCGGCACGGGGGCGUAGUCAGCACACGCGAGGGUGUGAACGCGGACUCGACGCCGGAAACAGCGCGAGAGACGCGCGCGUGUAGCGGGACGGGUGAGGAGGUGAAUGGACAUCCGGAUGAGGACCCAGAUGGGGGUCACGAUACAGGGGCCAGGAAGGAGACGGCAGAGACUGGCGCAGGGGCUGUGGAGGAUAGGCUGUGGCAGGCACUGGCGGUGGGUGGAGGUGCAAAUGCACCCAACGAGAGGGCCACGGGACAGGACAGUGCCGCCCAGUACGCAACGCCGCCUGAUAACCCGCAGGCUUGCUCGUCUCCACAGGCGAAUACAGCCACGUGUCACCAAGCAACCGGCCACGCCCACACUCACACUCGCGCACCGUCGGGUUCUGCGCGUAUCUCCCUCUGCAACGCAUUGCUGUGGUAUGAUGUGCUACUGCGGAGGACUCUCAGCGUGAAGGCGUCGUCCGUGAGAGUGCGAGCGAGCCGUCGACACGCCGUGUGCACGCACCUUUCGCUCAUGACGCUGCUGCUGGCACACCGCCGGAGACCAUAUCCACUACCAUCAACACACGUGGCCCCAUCCCAACUGCAUAGCCGAUACGCGUCACAGAGCCGAUGUGCGUGCGUGGGCUUCUGCAGCCGAGAUUACACCACGAGUUUGGCCGUGCAUCGGCGCGCUAUGGCGCUGGUGGGUGAGUGCGGGGACCUGUUUACUGCUGAAGUAGUGCAGACCCUGAGCCACGUGGCCCUUUCCCAGGACUACCUUGGCGUGCUGACCUCACGCUCGAGUUCAUGUGUGCCCGUGUGUGUGCGGGGGCAAGCCGAGGCGAAGGACUGGCGGGGUGAACGAAAGCCUGACGCUCGGGAUGCCCGUGUGGGUGCUCAGGGUGCAGCGGGCCUGCAGGGGUUUGAUGUGGUGAGUAAGCGCGUGCCGUGGCAAGUGACGGAUGUCAUUAGAGCCGCGAACGCUCAGCUGAAGGGCCGCGCUACUGUGGGCGCGGCAAACACAAGCACGUGCGUCAACGAGACCCCGUGCACAGGUGCUGCCCAGCCGAGUACCUGUGGUGGGCCGGACGAGACCCCCAUAUUAGGAGAAGGUGUGGAAUUGGCGGGAGAAGGCGCUGGGACGUGGCCGGAGGGGCUGCUGGGAUUGUAUCUGCAGCAGAUUGUGCCCGAGGUGGUAGAGCAGGAACGAGACAGCGUGCAUGUGAGAGACGUCUCCUCUGUUGCCUUCUUGGAGAUGCGGUAUUUAGCGUGUAUGUACCCACGCACAUACGCCACUCACGCGCACACACCGCCCAACGGAAAUGGGGCAGGUGGUGGUGCUACGGCACGUGCUGGGGCGAAAAAGGCCCGGAACGAGAACGCGCCCGAGAAACGCCGACUGCCUCUGUCCAAUGAUUGGGUCUUGCUGCCCUUGAUGGCGUGUUAUGACCAUUAUAUCGCGACGGAGAAGGCCUCGAUACGCAACCACAAGCACACUAGUGCGAACACGGAUAUGCAGCACAAGGGCCAACGGGACAUUCGUGGUAUGAGUGCGGGCGAUGCGAUUGAGGAGGAGAGCGAGCUGACAGACGCACAGACCUACGCGAUGGUGUUGGAGAAGACGGCGACCUUGUUAUUGGUGACGGAGUAUAGCCAUGGUUCUAUUAAUAGCCAGAUUGUGCAAGAGGGCGAGGCGCAGACACAGGUAACACGAGCACAGACCCAGGUACAGACGAAGCCGAAGGAAGAAGACGGUGUGACGGACGCCACACGUGUUGGUGUGAGUGUGGUGAACGAGUACAAGCUGGCACGACUGAUGACGGUGUUCCUGACGUCCGCUGAGUUGUUUACUUCCCCGGCGGUGGCGCAAUUGCUGGAAACGCUGCUGGUGCUGUGUGUGCGGCAGGCGAAGGUAGAGAACGAAAUGGCGGGGCGGGGCAAGGGUCAUGUGCAUCUGGACUUCGACUGCCUGCCCGAUAUCAAGUUCUAUGAUCUGUACAACGCCUUCGUCCACCAGUACUCCAGCGUAUCCCUGGGCAACACACUAUUCCAGCGCUAUCUGUGGCUGCCGCUGCAACAAUGUGGACCCACCCCUCUGCGCACACUCGUGUGGGGCCAAUGCGUGGACGCUAUGGCUGUCAUGACCAACUUCACCCCAGACGACCUACCGCUGGCACUCGAAACGUACUUGUAUCCCUUGGAGACGUACACCCCUCUGUUGACCCUCUAUCUGCGGGCUAUCAUGUCCGGCACUGUCCGCAAGUCGCGCGCCCCUGUGCCUUACCACAUCGCAAUACACCAUCUUGCUGGGCUCCUAUGGGGUAGUGGCGAUGACACGCCUAUUCCGGACCAUGUCCCCGAAGCACCACAGACUGAGACUGAGAAGAUGCAGAACCAACUGCUUACCUUCAUGAGCACACAGCGCAACCAGGAAUCGGUGCACGACCUAUUGGCGUACUUCUACGAGGGACCUUCCGCAUUUGCUUCCACUUCGUACAGACCCGAACCGCCACAAAGGGUCAAAAUGCUUGAGAAGUUUAUGAAGACGUACACUAAGACCGCAACAUAG